UUAGUAUUUUCUGAAAUAUUUCUUAUAAAUAUACAACAAUAAUUCAUAUUUCAUUGUUAAAAUGGCAUCACAAAAAUUCAAAGAUAUUUCACCAUACAAACGUACUAUUGGAACACCACCAGAAGAUUAUUUAUAUUCAAAAUACCAAAAAGACUUAGCCGCUCAAGCUACAACAUCUACAAAUGUGAUCAAUGUCGCCAUUUUUGGAAUUGGCCGUGCAGGAACAAUCCAUUUAACAUCAUUGGCCAGAAAUCCACGAGUGAAAAUUUUAUACAUUGUUGACGAUAUUGUUGAGAAACAUAAGAAAUUACAAGAUUACUGGUCCUUACAUGAUACCAAAUUCCUUACCAGCAAACAAAGUGAUGUCAUUUAUAGCGAUCCAAAACUGAACGCUGUAGUUGUAGCCUCACCAACAUUCACACACGAACAUAUUGUAAAAUCUGCAUUAAAUGCUAAAAAAGCUGUAUUUUGUGAGAAACCAAUUGCAGAAGAACGGGAGGUCUGCAUCGAAUUAUAUAAAUUAGCAAAGAAAGUUGGAAAACCAUUAUUAACAGCUUUCAACAGACGUUUUGACCCAUCGUACGCAAACUUAAGAGACCGUGUACACAAAGGAGAAGUUGGCCAUGUUCAAACAAUUAAAGUUUGCAGCCGUGACUCUCCAUUACCAACCAUUGACUACCUCAAAUGCUCGGGUGGUAUUUUCCAUGACUGCUGUGUCCAUGACAUUGACAUGUUAUGUUGGGUCUUAGGUGAAUUCCCAAUUAAAGUCAGUUCAACUGCUUACGCACAUGUUGAAGAAAUUAAAGCCAUUGAUGAUUUUGAUACUGUUUCUGUCACCUUAUUAUAUCCAAGUGGAACAAUUGGAAUGAUCGAUCUAAGUCGUAACAGUUGCUAUGGAUACGACCAACGUCUUGAGGCAUUUGGACCACGGGGAAUGAUCCGUGCUGACAAUGAACAACCAAUCCACUGUGUGGAUAGUCAAGUAGGUCUUAAUGGUAUUAAAACUGCUCCAAUUUGGUAUUCAUUCCCAUCGCGGUAUCGCCUUGCCUAUCAAAACGAAAUGGAACAUUUCUUAGACUUAGUUGAAGGAAAAGUUACCGAACCAUUUGUUAAAGGACACGAAAAUUUAGCUGUGAAUAAGAUUGCAUCAGCAGCUGAAGAAUCAGCAAGAACAGGCAAAUUUGUUGAACUUACAUGGACAAAAGAAGAUUUUGAAAUAUAAUAGAAGUUCGACUUAAGUUCCUGAUCAAGAACGAAUAUUUCCCAUAAUAAUGAACUAUGAAUUAUAUUUUGAUAAUACCUAUUUCGAAAAGUUAAUCGCAUGUUUAUCGCAAUGUAAUGAAUAAAAUAACUAUCAAUUUACAUAAA